AUGGGGAAGCCGCCCGACCCCGAAGUGAACAUUGGCGAAAGCACUACGUAUACAGACUCCUCUGCGGAAAAGUCCUAUGUCAGGAAAAUUGAUUUCAUUGUGCUCCCAACACUCUGCUUGGCUUGUUUCAUCACACAGAUGUACUUUUUCGAUUGCAUGGAUCGGAGCAAUUUGGCCAAUGCAAAGACAGAUGGUCUCGACAAGGACCUGCAUUUGAAAGGGAAUGACUAUUCUCUAUUGAUUCUUCUCUUCUAUAUCCCAUUCGGGUUGUUCGACCUGCCAUGGAAUCUUUUAAUCAAGAGAUUUUCUGGCAGAAUCAUGUUGUCUUUCAUGUCUAUCGUCUGGGGUGUUCUAGCACUCUGCCAAUGCGCCGCCAAAGAUUUCGGCUCUCUAGUUGCAAUUCGCAUUAUAUUGGGUGUGUUUGAAGCCGGUUUCUUUGCCGGGGCUACGUUUUACCUCACCUUGUUCUAUACGCGCGGAGAAAUGGGCUUCCGACUCGCUAUCAUGCAGUCAUUCGCAGUUCUGGCAUCUGCUUUUAGCGGGCUUAUCUCCUUUGGAGCAUUUCAGAUAAACUACCCGGCAGUCAAGGGAUGGCAGUGGUUGUUUAUUAUAGAAGGCUCGAUGACACUAAUCACCGGGGCUGCGGCCUUUUUCCUGCUUCCAGAUGGGGUGCAGAGCGCCUGGUUUUUGACUGACAGGGAGAGGGCGGCAGCGACAGGACGUCUGCUCCGGGAUACGUCGUCAGAAGUGAAUACGCCAUUCAGUCUCAAGGCUUGCUUUGAGACAUGGAGCGACUGGAAGUUCCCAGUGUGGUGUUUGAUUACGUUUACAUACCCUGUCGCCUAUGCCACUGCAAUGAAUUUCUUCCCGUUAAUUGUUCAACGAUUGGGAUACUCCGUCAUCAAGACUAAUCUAUGGACAGUGGCACCCAAUCUCGUUGGAGCAGUAUUCCUGCUUUGCGUGGCCAAAUCGUCGGACUAUUUCCGCGAGAGAACGUUCCAUAUCGUCUUUUCCUUGACAGUGUCAUUGGUCGGAAUGAUCGUAUUAAUUGCCAUUGAUGUUCAGAACAACAAGGGAGUAGCAUAUUUUGCUUGCUUUCUGAUGGCAGCAGGGUCAUAUAUUCCCUCCUGCCUCGUUCAUGCCUGGCACAACAAUAACAACGUACACGAAAACUCGCGAGCUGCCAAUACAGGCUUUUUCGUAGGACUGGGCAAUUUCGCUGGAGUGUUAAGCGCGGGCACAUUCCGAACGCAGUAUGCACCAAAGUGA